AUGGCUUGUGAAACCAUGACCAAGGACUAUUGUACUGAUGCGGUGAUCAACUCCUCAAUCGCUUCCUUCAAAACAUUACUCACCCACCACUCUAUCCAAGUGGACCGUCUAGUUGACUACUACUACACCGACGCGAAUGCUGCUGUAUCUGUGGGACGUAUCAUCCAAAUGCUCUGCAACUGCUUGAAAGCUAGAAACAAGAUCAUUUUCGUCGGGUGUGGUAAAUCCUUGAAGAUUGCUAACAAAGUUGUCUCGACGUUGCAGUCGAUGGGUAUGUCUUCGAUAUCGAUGCAUCCAACGGAUGCGCUACACGGGGAUAUAGGGACCGUGGGAGAAGGUGAUUGCAUUAUGGCUUGUAGCACCAGCGGUGAAACCGAGGAGAUCAUCCAACUCUUGAAAUAUCUUGACGAGAAGGAAAUCUGGCAUGGCGAAAACGGCAGACGGAUCCAAAAAGUAGCUGUGACUGCAGAAGCUCACAGCACGAUUGGCUCCAUGAGCGACGAAUGCUUGCUGGUGCCGAAGAAGGUCAAGGAGUGCGAAGUUCAAAACGGGUUGAAAGCCCCUACUGUCUCCAGCACCUCUAUGCUCAUCGUACUCGACUGUCUAUCUCUGGCGCUGAGCCAGGCACACAGCAACGGUGACUUGGCCACUAGAAACAAGGUUUUCGAAGUCAUGCACCCUGGAGGCAAAAUCGGAGAGACUACAAGAUCCAACGGAUCCAACACUCCGCCUCCAACCAGGACCAUAGUUGAUGCAGCCAAGAUACGAUGCGGCAUGAGCGAGCUAGACAUCCUACAGGCAGUGAUCCUUUACGAUUGGAUAGAUUGGGAUGGAAAGAAACAAGUUCCAUCCGUUGUCGUGCAGUCUCACUACAGGGCAUGGAAGAAAAGCAACUCUGGAGCUUUUGACCAGUAUUUGAACGAUAUCUUGUCUUCCGCUGCCAUCUAA